CAGUAACUCCUUCCUGGUUACAUUGCACCUCCGUCUCUUGCACUGUGAGGACUUUUGCAACAAUUGUCUUGGGGGUGGGACAAAAGAAACCCGGAAGUAUUUUAUAGUCACACUGAGCUGAGUUUAGCUCUUUACCGUUCUGCUUUGUUUUGUUUGGGGCUGUUAACUGUGUGAGGGUUUGCUGACAGGAGAGCCAGGAAGGUUUUCACAGCAAACUUGACAUUUAAGGAUUUUGUUUUUGACUUCUGAGAAGGACUAAGUGAUCUUUGAGAGAGUUAUAAGCGGCUAUUGCACUGUUAGAGAAGACUUGAAGAUGUUUGUAUCAUUGGCUACCGUCAUCUCUCUUUUGGCUGUCAUUGCUCCAGCUGCCCAUGGUGGGAAUGUUCUGGUAUUUCCUCAUGAUGGCAGCCACUGGGUGAACAUGAGGGUACUUGUUGAGGAGCUACACUCACAGGGACACACUGUGACUGUGAUUCGGGCUGCAGACAGCUGGUACAUCAGUGAAACGUCUCCACAUUACAGCACCAUCACCGUUGAUAUUGCUGCUAGUGGAAAUGAGGAUUUUUUUCGUCUUUUUGUCGCUGAAGUUAUUCACAUUAAAAGAAGCAAGGGAUCCGUCUGGGCCCGUUUUGCUUUAGACAUGGAGCUGAAAAACAAGUUCUAUGAAUUACACAGGAAAAUCUGUGAAGUAGUCAAAUACAUAUUUGAAAAUAAAGAGCUAAUGAAGUCAUUUCAAGAUGGCAAGUAUGAUGUGGUUUUGACAGACCCUGCUAACGGAGGAGGAGUAAUGCUGGCUCACUACCUGGGACUGCCGUUAGUGUUUAAUGCUCGAUGGACGGUUCAUGGCGAAGCACAUUUUGCUAUUGCACCCUCUCCACUUUCCUAUGUCCCACUUCCACCGUCAGAAUUAACAGAUGAAAUGACUUUCUUUGACAGGAUCAGAAACGUAGUUUUUUACAUCAUGAGGAUGCAUCUGUACAAGCAGGUAGUUGGGCCACAUUAUUCUGCAUUGUCCAGCCACUACUUUGGCCCUGAUGUGGACUACUUCUCCAUGUUUCAAGCAGCAGACAUCUGGCUCAUGAGGGUGGACUUCGUAUUUGAAUUCCCUCGUCCCACCAUGCCUAAUGUUGUCUAUAUGGGAGGGUUCCAGUGUAAACCUGCAAAACCUCUUCCCCAACACUUGGAAGACUUUGUGCAGAGUUCUGGAGAGCACGGAGUCAUCAUCAUGUCUCUGGGAACUUUGAUUGGAGAGCUUCCCCAUGACCUAGCUGAUGAGAUUGCAGCAGCUUUUUCCAAACUACCUCAGAAAGUCAUUUGGAGAUAUAAAGGUGACAGACCAGCCACUCUGGGAAACAACACUUUACUAGUGGACUGGAUGCCACAGAAUGACCUCCUGGGACAUCCAAAUAUUAAACUAUUUAUCAGUCAUGGAGGAACAAAUGGAAUAUAUGAGGCUAUUUAUCAUGGAGUUCCAAUUGUAGGUAUUCCCAUUGUGUUUGAUCAAGCCGACAACCUCUCCAGACUGAGGGCAAAGGGCGUUGCAAAGGUUAUGGAUAUUUCUGAGUUGGACAGGGAAAUAUUUCGGAGGGCCAUACAGGAAGUUCUGCAUGAGCCCUCGUACACGAUGAACAUGCAGAGACUCUCCAAGCUGCACAGAGAUCAGCCAAUGAAGCCGCUGGACAAGGCCAUCUUCUGGAUAGAGUUUGUCAUGAGACACAAAGGAGCAGCUCACCUGAGAACAGAGUCGUACAGACUGCCCUGGUAUUCCUACUACUCUGUAGAUGUGAUGUUAUUUUUACUAACAAUGGCUCUACUUAUUUUAUUAGUUUUUGUUGGGUUAAUAUGGUCAUGCUUUAGAUUGUGUUUGAAAAGAAAAGUGAAAUCUGACUAAUCAGGAGAGGUUGAUUGAUCAUUUUCAUAUUGCUAAAUAUGUUUGUAUGUAAAGGCUGUGAACGGCUGAAUAUUGAAAGGAGUAUGGGGAUGAGGGAAUGAGCAUCAGCAAUCAACUAUCUUUCUCCAGAACUGCUCACGCAACCGUUAAAGGAAAGAUCCUAAAAAAUAAAAAACCAGCUUGCCCUUGCCCUGCUGAAAGGCAAACCUUUUAAGAGAUACAGCUUUUAAAGAAGGCACUGAUGAUGUCAAAGUGACAUUAAAAAAGAACAACUGUAAUGAGUGUGAAAAUAACACGUGUAUUACUCUGAAUAAAAUGCCAACAGCGAAUGUUUCUCCAUAAAA